UCCCAAUCGAGGCGGGGAAAGGGUCGGUCAUUCAGCAAGCCAUGCAUGCUAAAGGUGAUCACCAGGCCUAGGCCGGCCGGACCCUUUCCAGGGCUGAUUGCUUGCCCUCCUUCUUAGCACUGCCUAGCAGCACCUACUGUGUAAGCUGGUAAUACCGUGUGACAACCUAAUCUAGCCAACCACGGGCAAGAUUGGAUUUGCAGUGCGACUGUCGAGGAUUAUAUUCCGACACUCUGCCCGUCGUUCGGAAUACGUUGAUAAGGGCACAAAGUUGGAACCUCUCUCAUCAGCUUGGUGGUAUCUGUACGGGCAACUACAAGCCCCAGAGCUGCAAGGACUAUAAAAUCCUGGAUGCUGUUCGUUACUCUGUACUAUAGUUUGCUUUGUACUGUUUCUGUUUCCGGAGACAGGCAGCAUUCCAGGGCUGGGUUGUUUGAAACAAGUGGGGUUGAUAACGUUUAAGUCACGGGCAAUUGCAUGGAGUGCCAUCAGGGUGCAGUGACACUGUAUCGUACUAUCCUGGGAUUCCUGGCAUUGGUGCAGAAAGCAACCCAGUCGACGGCCCUCGUCCGCAAGCGGACCGACAUGGAGCUGAUGCCGCCGCCCCCCCCCGCGAAGCGAAUCAAGCGACCGAAGCGGAUUCUCGAUGAAGACACUUACACAGAGGCGCUCUCACAAAUCAUUGCCCGCGACUUCUUCCCGGGCCUUCUCGAGACCGAAACACAACAGGAGUACCUCGACGCCCUAGAGUCUCAAGACGAGGAAUGGAUUGAAAGCGCAAGCCGGCGCCUCCAACACGUCAUGACUCCCGGCCGACGGCGCAUGCUUGCGACCCCGCUCCGCCAGCCUCGACAGGCCACCGCAGCCGGCCACACCCCUCUCGACUUUGUCGGAGAUACGCCCGCCUCGGCAGCCUCGUCCGCAGCCACAAGCUCAAAACGACAACUCCCAGGCGUAGACACCAACCUUUCCCUGGCCGCAUUCCAGUCCAAGUACACCAGCGAGGACAACGAGUCCUUCUACAAGCUGCUAGACAAGCAGAACCAGAAGCGCGUCCAAAAAUACGCCUGGCUCUGGACGGGGAAUAAGCUGCCGUCCAAGCAGCAGCUCAAGCAGAAGGAGGUGGAGGCGAAGCUGCUGGCGCAGCGUGGUAGCGGCGCCCUGGUGGACGAUGGGUUCGCGCGGGACCGGCUCGCCAUCCGCGACAAGGAGGAUGCCGACGCCGCCACGCGCCCCGCCGCUCCGGACCACUGGCGGGGCGCCAAGCCCCAUAACGAGCUCAUGUUUGUGCCCGACGGCGUGGACGGGCUGGUCGAGACGGUGGCCGAGCGCGCCCAGGCCGAGAGCAGGGCCGAGCCAAAGCGGAUUGUCUACGAGAAUACUAGGGCGCCGGUGCCUGUGGCUGCGCAGCGGGCCAAGGGGGCUGGUGAUGCAGGGGAGGAAAGAUCCCGCGCCGGAUCGCCUUCGCUGUCGGAGAUUAGGAGUGCAAUUGCCGGCCGGGGCAGGGCCUGCGAUGUCGAGUCCAGCGUGGGGGUUGCUAGCGGGGGCGAGACGCCCAGAGUGAACGGGUAUGCGCUUGUCGAUGAUGAGGAGCCGGAGCCGGAGCCGCAGAGAGGCAGGAAAGGGAAGGUGCCGGUCAUAGACCUUGGCCCUGUGGAUGCUACACCGAAUCCGUUUCAGCUUCAGGAGCAGAGGAAACGGGAGGCGCUCCAUCACCGGAUGGUGGAGCGGAUUUCGCAGUCGAAGCGGACAUCGGCGAGGCUGGGACUUACGGGCAAGGUGGAGAGGACGCCCGUUCCCAAGUUCCCUAGCAGCCCAAGGGUCUCAUCUGAAGCGCUGACUCCUGCGGCUCAAAGGCUUUGGGGGAAGAUUGGUAGUGCUAGGGGGAAGGGAUCCGAGUCGCCUUUCAGUGACUCGAUCAAGGCUACCCCGAGAUCGACGCCACGGGGGAAGGUGUCAGGCUUGCGGAAUAUGAUAAAAUGAAUGGCAUUGAGCGGUUUGUUUUCAAAUGGGAGGCAGCGAAGUUGGUUUAUGAUAGAUACCCAGUCUGAUUGGUAGACGAGCAUUCAACUAGAUAGCGGUUUUCCCACGAAAUAUAGG